CUCAUGUCGUGUGAUUGACAGCGGCAGCCAGUCGUGCAGGGAGCGGCAGGCUGCAGGUCUGGUGUGGACAUGAGAGGAAGUCCGAUGUGUUAAGCUGGUAGUCUCCCGGUGAACAGGCCGCUGCUACAGCAGCAUCUUUCUGCUCGACCGGCCCGGUGGCUGCCGUCGCUUCUAACGCGGCUAGCUAGCUAGCUCCCCUCCACCAGUUUAAGGCGGUUCACCAGAGCGGGGAACCAGCGGGGCCUCUCCGGAUAGUACGACUCGGUUUACGGAGCUUAACGCCGGGCUUCAUUUUCCGGAGCAACAUCCUGCCGAGAUGGACAACCUGAGUGAAGCCCUGGAGAAGCUGAAGCUCGCGUCCACCGACAGCGCCACCGACAGCGUGGAGAGCUGUCUGGACUGCCUGCUCAAAGCGCUCGCCAACAACAACACUGAGGCCAGCAUGAAGAUCCAGGAGAUGGGUCUUCUUCCUCUGCUCCCCACUCUGCUAAACCCCCAGUCUUCAUGCACCCCUAAAGUAGCCAACAUCAUCGCUGAGUUGGCCAAAAACGAGUUCAUGCGGAGUCCCUGCGUGGAAGCCGGCCUCAUUCCUCCUCUAAUCCAGCUGCUGAACUCCACCGACCAGGAGGUUUUGCUGCAGACCGGCCGAGCUCUUGGCAACAUCUGUUAUGACAGCCAUGAGGGCAGGAGUGCAGUUGACCUGGCAGGAGGGGCUCAGAUAGUAGCUGAACACAUUAAAUCCCUCUCCCAAAAUACUGAGCCGGAAAAUGAGAAGCUCUUGACUGUCUUUUGUGGCAUGCUGAUGAACUAUAGCAAUGAUAAUGAUUCCCUACAAGCCCAGCUGAUCAACAUGGGUGUGAUUCCCACCCUGGUGAAGCUGCUGGGCAUCCAUUCCCACAACACAGCCCUGACAGAAAUGUGUCUAAUCGCCUUUGGCAAUUUGGCCGAACUUGAGUCCAGCAAAGAGCAGUUUGCCUCCACCAACAUCGCCGAGGAGCUGGUGCGUCUUUUCCAGAAGCAGAGCGAGCACGAGAAGAAGGAAAUGAUUUUUGAGGUUCUGGCUCCACUUGCAGAGAAUGAUGUGAUAAAGCUGCAGCUGGUGGAGGCCGGACUGGUGGAGUGUCUGCUGGAGGUGGUGGCUCAAACCGUGGACGGGGAGCGUGAGGAGGACGUCACCCAGCUGAAGACGGCCUCUGACCUCAUGGUUCUCCUGCUGCUCGGAGAUGAGUCCAUGCAGAAGCUGUUUGAGGGGGGAAAAGGCAGCGUCUUCCAGAGGGUCCUGUCCUGGAUCCCAUCUCACAACCAUCAGCUGCAGCUGGCCGGGGCUCUGGCCAUCGCUAACUUUGCCCGCAAUGAUGGGAACUGCAUCCACAUGGUGGACACUGGAAUCGUGCAGAAGCUUCUGGAGCUGUUGGAUCGGCACGUGGAGGAAGGAAACGUCACGGUUCAACACGCAGCACUGAGCGCCCUGAGGAACCUGGCGAUACCCGUGGUAAAUAAAUCCAAGAUGCUGUCGGCCGGCGUUGCAGACGUCGUGUUGAAGUUCUUGCAAUCAGAGAUGCCUCCAGUCCAGUUCAAACUCCUGGGGACGUUACGUAUGCUCAUCGACACACAAGCUGAAGCCGCCGACCAGCUGGGAACCAACGGGAAGCUGGUGGAGAGGCUGGUGGAGUGGUGCGAAGCCAAAGAUCACGCCGGAGUGAUGGGCGAGUCCAACAGGCUCCUGUCGGCCCUCAUCCGACACAGCAAGUCCAAGGAAGUCGUCAAGACCGUCAUCCAGGGAGGCGGCGUCAAACAUUUAGUUACCAUGGCAACCAGCGAGCACAUGAUCAUGCAGAACGAAGCGCUGGUGGCUCUGGGUCUCAUAGCAGCGCUGGAAUUAGUCGCCGCUGAGAAGGACUUUGUGGGAGCCAGCCUGGUGUCGGUGCUUCACAAGCUGCUGUCAGACGAGAGGAGUGCACCGGAGAUCAAGUACAACUCCAUGAUCCUCAUCUGUGCAGUCAUGGGCUCAGAGCCGCUCCACAAAGAAGUCCAGAGCCUGGCGUUCCUCGACGUGGUGUCCAAGCUGAGGGCUCACGAAAACAAGACGGUAUCGCACCAGGCGUCGCUCACGGAGCAGCGGCUAACUGCCCAGAGCUAAAUGACUGUGUCCAGCCCCACCCACCCACCCACCCACCCGAAUGCCUGCCUGACCACCUAAUCACCCAAUGACACCUCAUGACUGCUCUCCCCGUGCCCCAUCGUCAUGUGCCAAGGUACCAUGUCGCGUUAACUGCCAGCCAGACAUCCAGUCACGUCUCUACCCCGACUCUCCGCCCCACAGAACCUCCGCUAGGGUUAGACUGAUGUGCACUACUUCACACAGAUCAUCACAGUCGGAACGUUGUCGGGUUUUAAGUUUUAUUUUGAACGAGAAGUAUCCACAAGCUGUUUUAGUCGACGACCACGGGACACCACAACUCUCCUCUGAAAGUCAUAAUAAUGAGAUUUAUUUAGGUGGGUUAGCAGGUCCUUUAGGGUGAGUCGGAUGCGCUGACAUGCUGGUAUGUCUUUAUCUCCACUCCAUCAGUCUAACCCUAGUCCUUCUCUACUUGUGCAUGGGAGCUGAGGCGCCAUAGACAGCCUAACGCAAUAGAUUAAGAGACGACACUCUUCUACGACCAUAGCUGUGACACCAUCCGCCGGUAACCCACCAGUAAAAAAACAAAAAAGUGCACAAAAGAACAAAAAAAGACCUUUCCUGUCGUGACUUUUCUUUCAUUUUUUAAAAAGAAAACAGCCAUCCUUGAUGUGCCCAGUCGUGUCCCAUGUAGCUCGAGUAUAAAUUGACUAGAAACUGUGCAUGUUUUAGUCCUGUUGAAGGUGUGCCAGUGUUCAUCUUACCUCUCCGCCGCUCGCAUCACUCCCAAGUACAGCCUGACACCUCCAGUCUUGUACACUUUUCGUAUUUUUUUGCACUUGUUCUUUAAACUUCGAGAUAUUAGAGUUUUAGCUGUCCGAACACAUUCCCCCGCAUUCGACAGCUGUACAGUGAAGUUAGAGGCUCCAGCCUUCCAGAAUCAUGUGAUCAGAACAGAGCAGCGAGUAGUGAAAUCAGCCAGAGUGCAGCCAAGUUUGAGUCAAGACUAGUAGGAAAUGUGAAGUGUGCCUUUCCCGAUGGAAAUCUAGCGUCUCUGACUGCGUGUUACGGUGUUGUGUUCAACUCCUGGAAGCUUCAAAACCAAUUUGACAGUGAGAAUGUUCACCGGACAUCAGCCAAUCUUCUGAGCGACGUCUAAGUUUAAACAUUAUGAGUUGGGUCAAAAACACCAAACAAUCACGAAAGGUCUCAAGGACGGUGCACUAAGACCUUUCUGAUCUGAAUAAAUUGUGUUUGCUUCCAGUUGCUGAGAAAAUUGCCGACUUCCCAUCAGUCCAAUCAAUGCAUCACAGUCAGUGUUUGACAUUUUGCAUAGCCAAAUUUCUAUGUGUAAAAUCCUUUUGUUUGUAGUGCUGUGAACAGAAUCCAAGAAAAUGUCUAUAAAAGAUAAUUUUAUAAUAUUUUUAGAUGGGCAGAGAAUAGUGGAGUAGAGUAAUGAAGAGCACCAAGGAUAGGAGAAGUUGGAACAAGAGCUACUGCAGUCCAGCUUCAAGAUCCACUCCCCGGCGCCUCAAAAAUCCCUGAAUCGGAGGUAAACACGCCGGGGAGUGUGUUUUGAACCGUGUGAAUUAAAGCUGCCGCCAUUCCUACACGUGUGUGUACAGUUCGUGUGUGUGUUGUGAAUGUACAGCUUGGGGUAGGCAGUGGAAUCUGGUGAGAACAGGUAACCGAAUGCAGACGCCAAACAGUCGCCUCCAGAGGACGGGUUUCUCUUCCUGUACGACGGUUUGGAUCCUUCCGGUCGGAGCCGUUUUUGUGUCCGACGCUGUACCGACGGCCUGUCAACACGCCACAGUGUGUCUCCUGGUCUGGGCCCACGCUUUUUGUUUUUUUAAAAGGUAUGAAUGGUUAUUUAUCAGAUCUGUGCUCUUCUAAAGACACAUGCCAGUGGAGAUGUAUCCAUAGUAACUGCGUAAAAUACUAUAAACAUAAAUGUUUGUUGUAAAUGUCAUGAGUUGUACAUUUGGAGGAUUGUAACUCAGCAGAUAAUUAAAAGAUGAUAGCUGGUGA